GCGGCCAUUUGAUUGGCUGAAUCGAAACUCACAUUCCCCACCAGACUCUGCAAUUUCCUCUUGCAAUUUCAACCACAACCCAUUUCUUCAUUCUCAUUUUCUAUUACAUAUAAAACUUCAUCUCCUUUUCUGCACACAUUAACAUCAAAUUUUCAACACAAAAUAAUUGUAAAAGAUUACUAUAAUGUCAUCGAUGCUGAGCUCCAGCACUGCCCUCAGGCCAACCCCAUUUCUUGGCCAAACCAGGUCAAGUGUUAACCCUCUCAGAGAUGCUGUCUCCAUGGGCAAUGCCAAGUACACUAUGGGAAAUGAAUUGUGGUAUGGACCAGACAGAGUGAAGUACUUGGGACCCUUUUCAGCUCAGACUCCAUCAUAUCUGACUGGUGAGUUUCCAGGAGACUAUGGAUGGGACACUGCUGGUUUGUCAGCUGAUCCAGAAGCCUUUGCCAGGAACAGAGCUCUUGAGGUAAUCCAUGGAAGAUGGGCUAUGCUUGGAGCUCUAGGCUGCAUAACCCCUGAAGCUCUUGAGAAAUGGGUUAGAGUGGACUUCAAGGAGCCCGUCUGGUUCAAAGCAGGAGCUCAAAUAUUCUCAGAAGGUGGCCUUGAUUACUUGGGCAACCCCAACCUUGUUCAUGCUCAAAGCAUCCUGGCAGUCCUGGGAUUUCAGGUUGUCCUCAUGGGGCUGGUCGAAGGGUUCAGAAUCAACGGUCUUCCGGGAGUUGGCGAGGGCAACGAUCUCUACCCUGGCGGCCAAUACUUUGACCCUCUUGGCCUUGCUGAUGACCCUGUUACAUUUGCCGAGCUCAAGGUGAAGGAGAUCAAGAAUGGCAGGCUAGCCAUGUUUUCCAUGUUCGGUUUCUUUGUCCAAGCCAUUGUUACAGGCAAGGGUCCCCUGGAGAACCUCCUAGAUCACCUCGACAACCCUGUCGCUAACAAUGCUUGGGUUUAUGCUACCAAAUUUGUUCCCGGCUCGUAAACUGAUUAUCGUUUACUCAAAUUAUUGCUUCGUGUGAACAUGUAGAUUGCAAAGACUCUACGCUAUUGAUGCAUCCUUGUUAUCUCUAACUUGAUGCUGUCAUUGAUCUUGUUUGUUUAGAAAUAUUAUUAAGGAAUGGCAAACUAUUCAAGGUUUGAGAAUAA